UUCAGUGCAGUUGUUACUAAUGCGAAAAUUCAAGAGCUUGUUAUAAAAUGUUUGUCCUUACCCUGUCACUGUGUGUCGUGUUAAGUGCAGCGAGGGGACUGUCUGCUCGCAUGAAUCUUCUUCAUGGGAACACUCCAGAAAGAGGUUUGAAGAUACUGCUGUUUCUUUGCCGGAUCAUCUAUCCUGAGGCGCAGGUGAAUCUUGCGAUUCACAUUAGUCAGGCCGUCGCCAGUUUGAUCACAGGUCAAGUACCCGCCAUGACAGAGAUGGAAUUUCAGCACCUCACUGUCAUCGCCUCGUCCACAAUAAUUCUGGCACCUCUGCUACUCCCUAGAGAACACUGGCUUUUAGUCGUCACAUACUCAAAUGUUGAGGCGUUCGCGAGCCUCGCCAUCCUCAUGAGAAACUUUUCCUUGUUUGACAUCAGCAUCAACAUGGUGCUUUCCUUCACUCUAAUGUUCUUGUUGUCCGUCUAUAGCAUGUUUUUUGAAUAAACAAAAAACAAUUGUAUAUUUGAUAACCCACCAACCACAAUGUUUCUAAAUUUUGAGUCGUCAAGUGGCAUUUUGCUUUUUUCUAGAGUUGGGCUCAAA